AACGCGAACCUUCAAACUCCUCCCCCCUCUGCCACCGCUACUUCGGCGGAGUCAGCAAGCCAGCCAUCCAACGGCGAGUUUUCGGGCAAAUUAUCAAACCAAGGUUGGUGAAAUAACCCAUUUAUUUACCACAAAUCCGUCUUUUGUGACAUAUGUGUAACUUUUGUGCGGUUUUGUGUCGGUUACAGGCUCAGGAAAGCCCGAAAAUGAGUCAGUUUAAGGAGCGCUUCACCACCCUGCUCCAUGAGAAGAACUUUGUGACAGAUCAGUUGGCGAAGCUGGAGGAAAAAACGGGAGUGCAGAGAGAGUAUAUCGCCUUGGGUAUGUUCACAACUCCACGAAAAGAGAAGAAGAUCCGGUUAGACCAACUUUUACACCUAGAUGUAUAUGUAAAACAACGUCGUCUGCCUUCCAAAACCAUUCAACAUUCAGUCUUUUGUCUUCGUCGAGUCGAAACUUAAUCGAUUAACCGGUUGUCGUCGUCACACUGUCGCGUGAGUUACUUAACUUUUGGGUGUAAUUUCAUAUCCUGCGGCACAGUGAGCUGGCUCAGUUUAUCACCGGAUACCAAAGUUCACCCAGCUCAGACCUUUAUGCUACUUUUACAAGAUUAGAUUUGGAACACAACCCUCCAAACACACACCUACUUCAGAAUAUGCUGCCAUCAGAAUAAACCGUUUCUGAUAUCCAUGGGUCACCACCAGCUGGUCUUAGGGGUAUUUAUAUCACAUCCUGAAAUAUCCAGAGGUGGAAGGAGAGAUAUAGGAUGACUGGUUAUUCAACUGCAGGCUGCUUUCACUUCACUCUCAGGAGUUGGUUUUUGACAAUGCUCUGCUCUCAGUAUGCAUAGAGGAUGUCAAUAAGAGACACAUACCUCAGGCUACAUUGCCAGUAAUGCCACUACACAGGAAGCAUGUUACCCACUAUGACCUACUUUCAAAACCACUGACUUCACUCAGAAUUGAUUUAAACGGAUGUGUUGAUAAGUGAUUUUAAAACAACUGCAAUGUCACAUAUAAAGUGAAUGUUUGAAUGAAAUUUGCUGUAAGUUCUCUGGUGGACUAUCAGACAUGGAUCGCAAGUGAUUUUGAGGAAACAUCUGAAGAUUUGACUGAAAAGUAAUGCCCACUAGCUCUAACAUUGAGCUUUUUUAUUUCGCUGCUUUUUUGACCUUUAAAACGAUUAAGAAAAUCUCACAACAGUACCAUAAGUCCUGCUUCAGGAAGGACUACGGGGACCACAGACUCAUUAUACCAAAGACUCUCCUGUCCAGAGCUGUCAAAGUAUUUUUUGUCUACAUUGCAGGUUUUUUUGCUAACACGUACACUGAUAAUGGUUUUGUAUCAUAAUGCAUACAAGUAAUUCUUUCCUGUAGGCACGCCACUGUGUUAUGUUACACUUCUCUUUGAUCCAGACAUGGCAUUUGAACAAGCAGCGUGUCUUUAACUGGCUGCUGUUUAACUGACAAACAUCCUGAGCUCAUAGUCAAUCUUUGACACUCUCAAGUGUGAAAACCAAUAUGCUGACUGGAGUCGGCAAGACUCAUCUCCAAUGUCUCUGCAGCCAAAUUCAUUCGGUGUUAAGUUGUUUAGUAGCUUUGUGUUUUUAAAUUCAGCUUUACCUUCGGUUUGAAUCAAGGAUUUUUGUGAUUUUUAACUUUCAUGGCUCUGUAAGGAGUAGUUUUAGUCAUACCUAUGGCUGGGCGAUAUGGACCAAAAGUCAUAUCCCAAUAUAUUUAGGCUGAAUAUCGAUAUACAAUAUAUAUCCCGAUAUUGUUAUUGCAAAGUGAGAGCAAAUGUUUAGUCACAGUCAAAGCCAAAUAUGACAUGUCACAAUUAGUUCUAUUUAAACUGGCUGGAUGAAAUUAUGCUCAGCUGUUCAAAGAACAAUAAAAUAAAUACUGUAUAACCACAGGAGUACCUUUUUUUUUAAUUGGAGCUCCAUAAGGUACACAUUUAAAUGAAAAAUUUAUCUUAGCCCAUAAAGUAAAAUAGGCCAAUCUUUUUCUGAAAUAAAUGUAUUUAUAUGAGAAAAGCAUCAACAUUUUGACAACAAUAAAUGGCCGAUUUAAAUCAAAUAGCAGAUUUUCUUCCUCUUUUCUCUAACAAAUCCACAGAUGCAAACAACGAACACUACAAAAGAAUUAAAUGUGACAAACCCUAGUAAAGGCAGCAUAUACGUUUUCGUUGACGAUGACAUUGACGAAAAUAUUUCGUCAAUGUCAUUGUCAACGAAAACAACACUGGUUGUUUUCGUUGACCAAGAAGGAGACGUGACGUUGACGAGCUAGACAUGAGUCUUAGAUGACUAAAAUGUGACGAGACUAGACGAAAACGUUAGUGGUGGACGACGAACAGAGUUGCAAAAUUCAGAAGCAUUUCGUCAGUCAAACGCUAAACAUAUAUUCUGCAUUGUUGUUUUCGUUGACAAUGACGUUGACCAAAUAUUUUCAUCAACGUCAACGAAAACAACACUGGACAGAACAAAAUAAAGUGCUCAGUUUAAGAAAAUUGUUUUUAAACAUAAUUUUGAGAUUACCUAUCUGUCUUUCUUCUCUUCAGUCUUCAGUUAACAGUCUCAACCACUUGGACAAGACUAUGACAGAUUAUAAACUCAGUAAACAUUUCCCCCUCUUCUUUCUUUUUGACUUUGAUAAACAGUUAGUGCUGUCUUGAGGUCGACAUUAGAGGACGGACAAGUGUGUCCUUCUUUGGUUAAAGAUUUUGUGCGAGAAACACCAGUCUGUCAACAACAGCAUCUGAUAUCUGCUAUCCAAUUCCAUAUCUCAUUUAAAAAUACAUUGAUAUUCUCUUUACAUCGAUAUAUCGCCCAGUCCUAGUCUUACCUACAGGAUAACAUGGAGCUAUAACUGCUUUUCCUUUCAGUAAGAAACAGCCCUUUUUAUUGUUCGUCACUGGCUAAUGAAAGACCCCACUCAAUGAUUUUCUCACAUUGUCCAGAUAGGAGCGUCUGUGUAUGUCAGCACAUUUUUCUUUAGGGUCUUCGGUUUUGACCAGUUCUUCCAGUUUGCUUUCAGUGGAGAGAGAGAGACGGGAUACUGGGAAUUGCCUGAAUAUUUGUCUAUGAGCGAGGACAAACAAAUGAGAUGCAAAAGAGCAGGCUCUGUUCAGCUCUGUAUCAAAGGCUUGUAGGUCUCUUGACUCUGUAUGCCUUCAUUGUGUAUAUUUAGCAUUAGAGGAAGUCCAAUUUUGUAUUGAUGGCUGGGUUUUGCAAGAAUUUGGUUAACAUAUUGCCUUGCCUGCGUGUACAGCUGCCUUCCUCUCUGUGUAAUGUUUUAAAGAAGCUGGGAAACUACAAGUGCACAAACUAAAAAAAUUUAGACUUUAGAAAAACAGACUUAACCCAAAGAAAUGAGUCAGUUCUAGAGGAUGUGGAUAGUCUAUAAUGGCUGGUUAAACUGCAGCAUUUUUCAGACGGAGUCAACUCCUCACUGCCAGCUGAAAAAGCACGCCCAUUAGGCCUCUGAGGGAUUAAGUAUCGCAGCCAAGUUUCUGUUGUUAAGAAGUAAGCUGCAGCAUACAGUGUCGCUCACGCAGAGCCGAUUGUUCUGCAGACUUUUUGGUGUUUUGUGUUUAAUUCGAACGUAGGAAUAACAUUGUGCACAAUCCUUAGUGGCUGUUGUAUUUAUCUUGAUUUUUUUGAAGCCUUCAUCGAGUUAACAAAGUCUGGUUUCUGUUGACAUUUUCAGAAAAUCAUUCAUUCAGAUGUGUGUGUUAUAAUAAUUAUUAUUAUAAAGAGGUCAUGGAUAAUAAUGAGGUGUAUGACAAAUCCUCCUGACUGCAGUCAUACAAGACCUUUGCAAAAUAAAGACCUGAGUGUUGAAAUAUGAAAUAGAAAUACACCUUAACCACUGUUAGGAAAAUGGACAAGUAAAGGCAUCUUAAAGCAAAGUCAAAUAUUAAAAUUUAUUAUCGAUUCAUUCAGAUAUUCGCUCUCUGAGUGCAUCAUUAAGUUUUGGGUGCAGCACGUAUAAAAACUGUAUGCAGAAAAUCUUCUGUAUGUUAUCUAUUAUUGCCUCUCACAUUGUUAAAACGGGACAAACUCAAUAACUGUAAAACUAAUAACAUUUGUGGAAUCUCACACACUCAUGGAUACUUGGUCAGGGUGUCUGACAUUCCUGUUGGAGACUGUGGGAUAGUCAAAGUCAACUUCCACUGAGUGAAUUUAAAUACCAGUGUUUGACUUGUGUUUAGUGCUCCUCCUAAUCCUGGUACUGUGCUAUCCUAACAUCCUGGUAUCAGACACUCUGUUGACAACAAAUUAAUGUUGCUUGACAUGAGACGAGUUCUUUGAGUAAGCUAAGCGGGUAACCUCAACCCUCCCUCCCUCCCUCCCUUUCUUGUCUCACCCUCUGCUCUCACAUCACUGCUGCCUCUCCUCUUUCUCCCCCUGCAGGACUUCUCAGUUUUCUCGGGUUGUAUCUUCUGUUUGGAUACGGAGCCUCACUGCUCUGCAACCUGAUUGGCUUUGCCUAUCCUGCGUAUUUCUCGUAAGUAUACUGUUCGGCUCCUCUGAAUGGCUGCAAAAAAAAACAAAAAACAAUUGAUGUGAAAAUCAAGAAAAAAAGUGUUGUUUUUUUUGGCUUUACUCUUCCUUAACAAUAUUAACAUUUAUCAUGUAAGAGUUGUGCAUAUACUUAGUUAUCUCUGCAGCAAAAGCACAGGUGUACCCAUAUUUAUGACUCUUAUCGUUUUAUGAAUGAAACGUGUGAAUGAAUGCCAGCACUGUUAAUUAUUAAAUGUCAUUGAUUCUUCCUGUUCUCCUCCUAUAAUAUCAAAAUAGUUCCGCAAAGUGCAGUAACUGAACUCCUGAGUUAAAAGGUCCUUUCACACUGGGACAAUUUUUUACGAGCGAUUACCCGUAUCCUGUCAACACAAGCGUUCACAUCAGCGACGUUUUCCCGCUCUGCGAUAUUGCGUCAUUUAUUUUUUUGGAUCAUGGUCGAUUUUUCUAAAGUUUCGCAUACUGUGUGUCUUCUGACCGAUCAGAUUGCGUGAUGUUGCGACGUCUGAUUCACCGGUAUAUCCAACAUAUCCGACCGGCUGAUUGUUUACAUGUCGGAGAACAGUGUUUUUUGAUAAAAGACACAAAUAUUACAAAGAUAACGACCUGAAGGACAACUUGUGGAGAGUCAUAGUGUCGGAUUUCUCAUAUGAUGAUAGUUAAUGUGCUUUAACGUCUUUGUUUUAACUUUCAUCUUAUGAUUGGCUAUAAGUGCUGACUGUUUGGCUCGAGCGUGUAACAACGUUUCCAGCUUUUCUAGCCAAUCAGAGGCGAAGGAGGCGGGGCUUUCCCUGGCAAAAGUCUUCCCCGCGAUGCGUCUUGAUGUCCUGGAAAGUCGCAAAAUUGCAUCAGGCUUUAUGUGUAUAGUCAGGCGCGUCAAAAUUCGCCUCUGAAUAUUUCGUACUUUCACGUUCUAUAUUCGUGUCGGCCCCGGUGUGUAAGGACCUGAAGUCUUAACUUUUUGCACCACUGACUUUUUUUUCUCUCUUGCUGCUUUAAGUGAUGACUCAUCCUUUUCUUACUCAUCUCUCUGGAAAUCCUCCCAGUCUGAAAUAUUUUCUCGAUGUGACUAACCUUUCACUGCAAAUCAACAUGUGAAACUCAUUUUUCUAAAUCAACAAACAGGGUUCUUUUGCACCAAGUUUAGCACGUUAUAGUCCUUAUUAUUAUGAUGCGUAAUCACACAAUUUACUAUUAUAUGCAGACAUUUCUACACUGUGGAUUUUGCACUUUUGUGACCCCAUCAGUAUCCUAAAUCCAAAGUUUCCUCUUGUCAUUCAGUAUCAAGGCGAUUGAAAGCAAUGUGAAAGACGAUGACACGCAGUGGCUGACCUACUGGGUUGUUUACGGACUCUUCAGCAUCGUCGAGUCCUUUUCCGACAUCUUCCUCUUCUGGUUCCCCUUUUACUAUGCCGGCAAGGUGGGCUGACCUCACAGUUAUUAGUGUGUUUCUGUACUUUGACUCCUAAUGAAAUCCUACCAGGUCUGCUUUCACUUUGAAGCUAAAGGCAGUCACAAGGUUUUUAAUCACAUGAGGUAUUAUGCCUUUGGGCUUUUUUUGUAGCGUGCCAACAUCGCCCUCUUGUGGAUUUGUCCUGUAAAUGCAAAAUAAGAAGGACUGUCCCCAUGUCAUACCACAUUUUAACUCCAUGCUUGUUCAGAAUGAUUCCACUUCCCUCUUUAUAGGGUUGUUCUGGCCUAAUGACUCUGAUUCAUGAUCAUUUAUAUUCAUUAAAUGCUUCAGAAACACUAAGAACAACUGACACCUUCAAUAUCAUGUCAUGUUAUGUGACCUACAACAUUACAGCACAUGUUUUACUGUAACAUUUGCUUCUGUUCAGUAACAAGAUCCUGUUUUUUUUGUAUAAACACAGCUGCCAGUUAAAAAAAAACCCACUAUGAAUGUACACAGGCCCUUAACGUCACACAACACACAAAACAAACACCUUUUUCCAGUUCAGUGUAUCGUCUAAUGCCUUUUCUGCUCUCUCUAUAGUGUGUGUUCCUGAUUUGGUGUAUGGCUCCAGUGACGUGGAACGGUUCAGAUAUCCUGUACAAGCGCGUGAUCCGCCCGUUUUUCCUGAAACAUCAGGCGACCAUGGACAACAUGGUCAGCGAUCUGAGCUCCAAGGCCAAGAACAUAACCGACACUGUCACAAAGGAGGGUGAGCUAACUGCAGUAUACAUGCAAGUACAGCCACAUUUUUUAUUAUUCGCACUCCGGCAACAAACUCUCUCAGCGGACUAACCUCUUAUCAGCUCGCGCAGACCUAGGCUACGGCCCGGGUCACAUGUAAACAUAAGGAUCGGGAUUUUGAGCCAGACUAAUGGUGCAUUCAAGUUACCUCAGAAGUCAGAUGACGUCACACCCAAGUUCCAAGCGUUUCAGUUCCCAAGUCAAAAAAAAGCUAAAUCAGAGGCCUGAAACCACCAUCUUGUUGCCAUCCUGUUUUCAUCUUCUAUUUUGCUUUUUUCCGACUUGGUAACUGAAACGCCGGUAACUCGGGUGUGGCGUUAUUUUCAGCUUGACUUCCUAGGUGACUUGAACGUAGCAUCAGACAGGAGCAGUGGGCGAGCGUUGAAAAGCUGCCCGACCCUAAUCUAGGGUUUUUGAUUGGAGGUUGAUUCGUGUGGGUAAAGGGCGAAAAUAGCCUCUGAUCCAUGUCCUGCCAUUUUACUCCAGUGCUUUUAUGUUUUAACUAAACAUGAAGUCAAGGGUAAGGAGUCAGAAUCCAGUGAAGAGUUUAUUUUGAACUGUUUAAACUUCACACAGAGGCACACGCCAAGUAAUCUCGUGUUUCAAAUCUCUCAUUUUAAAGGAUUUCAGGCCUCAAUUUGAUUUAUCCAGCGAGUUACAUAAAAUCCAACCCCUGAAGCCCGCCCCUAGUGGCCAAAAGACUACUGCAGCUGACACGACUAGUCCAAAAACACUCCCAUGUCUUAGCAUCGAGUUGUAGCUGCAAGAGAAAAAAAAAGAAAAACUCAGGAACUUUGCUUCGUUCUUCUGAGCUGUUGCUGAAUAUUCUGAUAUUUCACACUCACUGUCAUAUUCACAUCUUACUGCUAACUUUACUCUGCUUUGAUAACUAGCGCUCAUCUGGGCAUGCAGGCACACUUUAAUGGCUGAGUACUUACUUCACACUUCCCACUUUACGAAUGCAUCCUGAAAGUCAUCCUUGAGUAGUCUGUGUUUCCAAUACUUCUCGUGCUAUACUCUGAUUUUUCUUGUUUUAAUUCCACCAGCUGUUAACCGGGCACUUAAUCACGACAAGGACCAGUGAGGACCACAGGAAGGCUCGUGUGCGUGCAUGUGUAGCUGAAAGACUGACUGAAUGAGUGCGUCUGUGUUUGCUUGUGUCUUCAUCUUCGGUCCGUCCUCCCUUUCCACGAGAAGUAAUGAUGGUCUACCCCCCUCCAUGUUACGUGGUGAACUGAAGCUUCAUACUCCUAAAACGAAUAAAAAGCCUGUUUCUGCAUCAGUUUACUGCCAUCGGUACUUGCAAGACAAUCGGUAAAACUGUGACCUUUUUUUUAUGUGAUUUUUCUGUCGUAACACGUUUGGGGCAAAGAAAUGUUUCGAAUGUAAGAGUCAGAACUUUAAACCUGCAGGUUUCAGUUUACCUGGGGAUGUUUUGAAUCUUAUUUUCCAUUAAAAUUGUUGAAAAAAUGAGUGAUAAUAAUAAUAAUUACAAGUGCUUGACAGUCCUUAAACAGCUUUUUCUAACACUAUUAUUACAAACUGGAACUUUUACUCAUUCGCACAUACGCCAAGCAGCAUUUUAAGUCUGUUUGAACUGGGGGAGGUUCUCUAUCUCUAAGUUUAAGUGGAUGACUUCUGUCUUUUGAUAUGUCUUAAUUUAUCUUCUCAAUAGGAUGAAACAAUAAAACUGGAACCCUGAUGAACUGGAGAACU